GCUAAGGGGAGGGCUGACAGAGAGAAACAUAUUUUCCCUCUGCCUUUUAGUUUUUCCUUAUUCAGUCCUGCUCUGAUCAACAGGAGGAGGAAAAGGGGGGCCGGAGAGUAGGCGUGGCUUUCAAUGGAGCUGAGAGAGACGGCAGUUGAACACUCAAUCUGUGGAGUUAUGAUGGAAGCCAGCGUUGUAUCCCAAGACACAAGCCCUCUGACAGGAGCACUUGGUACACCAUCAGUCCCACCAUCUUCUCCCCUUUCUCCGCCUUCGUUGCCCUCACACCCUCCAGCCAGGCCAUGCCGACCCAGGCCACCGCCUCCUACAGUGAAGUCCUCCCAGCUGCCCUCGCGGCCUCCUCUACCUCCGUCCACCCCUCCAUCCCUCCCUCCUCCGCUCCCUCCCGUCCAGGCGCCCCCUCCGACGAUCACCUCCAACCCUCUACUCCCAUCUUGUCCUCCUCCUGUCUCUCCUGUGGUCUCCCCUCCUCCCCUGGCCUCUCUCCAGUCAACGGCCUCCUCUGAUCUCCCGCCCUCUUCUUCUCCUCCUGCUGCUCUUCCUCCUCCAUUAUCUCCUACAGUCUCAUCCUUUUCAUUCCCCCCUCCUCCAUCUCCCCCUGUUAUCCCCACAUCCUCACAAGCUUCCUCGUUGCUGAGUUCCACAGAUCGGCUGGCUGGGAGCACCUCUGUUUGGCAGCCCAAAGGACUCACCCAAGACCAAGCCACUAGUAUAAUGGAGAAAGAGACAGCUGGGACAUUCCUGGUACACAGUACAGCGGACAAGGCCACGGCGAUAUCAGUGCGGCUGCCUGACGAGCAGGGAGCAGCGCUCGUACGCAACCUGGACGUCAAACAACACAGGACGUUUGUCCACUUAGAUGGUUCCUCUCUGGUGUUUGACGACAUCUUCAAACUGAUCUCCUUCUACUGUGCCAGCAGAGACAUCCUAGCUGUCCCCCUGAGGUUACCACAGGCCAUUACCACGGCAACUACCAAGGAGGAACUGGAUGCCAUCUCUGCCAUGGGUGCAGAUUUCUGGAUGUCUGAUCUGAACCAGCAGAGUAAGAACAAGGACCUAGCUUUACAACAGAAUCUCAACUUCCAGUCUAAUAUGUAUCUGCACGUCAACCCAGUCACUGUGGAGGAGAAGCCCAGCAAAGACCCGAACCCUCUCUCCAGCUCCAAACAUGAUGCAGUCACUAAUCAAAACAGCGCCUCCUCCCUGCUGAAUGGAGAAGUGCCACCGAACGUCAGCCUACAACUCAAAAGUCUGACUAAAACUACAUCCAACCCGGAGGUUAAAUACAAACGCCCUCCACCCAGACCCCCUAGCCUGGGAACAGGGUCUGGGAUGGGUCUCCUCUUCUCAUCUCCCCCCUCCCAUCAAACAUUACCUUCUGCAACGCCAGAAGCUGAGAAAAAAGAGGAAGGAAGGGGAGGAGUAGGGGAGAGAGAAGAGAGGAAGUUAGUGUCAACAUCACCUCCUCCGCCGUCGAGACCUCCUGUUCCCUUGCAGAGCCGAGCUGCUCCUCCCCUGCCUCCUGCUCCCGUCCGACGCACCUCUUCCAGAAAAAGCACUGACCGAGAGGUAGGAGAGGGGACAGAGAGAGAGAAGGGACAAUAUCCUGCAAAGAGAACUGAGAGAGAGGAGGGUGGAGAGAAAGGAAAGGAGAAGACAAGAAGUAAACCAGGUCUGCUGGGAGACGGUACUGAGCAAGAGAGCAGCAGCCAACAAGAGGUGGAUGUUAACAAGGACAGGGAAAACACGGGGAAAGAGGAUGAGAAGGAGGAAAAAGAGGUGAAAAUGGAGAAGGAAGAUAAACCAAAAGCCAGCCCACAAUGUCCACCAUUGGUAAAGAAACCAUCCCGUCCAGUGCCUCCUCCAAGGACAAAACCGUGUCUCCAGGAAUCAGCUCUGUCCUCCAGCCAGGCUGGAGCAGGACUGAACAAUCAGAGUGCUGGGAUGAGAAUCCCCCCUCCUCCAUCCCCAGCACGGCGUCCAGAUGUGUCACUGUACUCACCACAGGGCAGUGCUGUCCUGGGAACGGACCCGGACUCCUGCUCCAGUAGCACAGAGGAAGAAGGAGAGCAGAGCCAGGAACAAGAACCACAGCCCAAUCGGAUUGCAGGGAGCCGCAGCCCCAAAGCACCAGUAAGGAGAACCCCCACCACUGUUAUGCUGGACAGAGCUCGCUAUCGCCUGUCAACCGUCCUCACCGGACUCAUCAGCCAUGACCGGCGUCUCACACAGCGCAUCGUGGAGCUGGCCAGGGACCCCCUGAGCUACUUUGGUAACCUGGUAAAAGAGCACCGCGCUUUCACCUUGGAAACAAUGUCAAAACACACGACCUCCACUGAGCUGUUACAGGAGAUCAGGCAGAUGAUGACUCAGCUGAAGAGUUACCUUCUGCAAAGUACAGAGCUGCAGGCCAUGUUGGAGCCACAACACCAGUACACUCAAGAUAAACUAGAGAACAUAGUAGAAGCUGCUCUGUGUAAAAGUGUCCUGAAGCCACUGAGGGAGCCAAUCUACCAGAGUCUGGAGACACUGCACUCCAACAUCGGCAGCCUCAAACAACUGGCACAGAACCAGUCCAUUGUCCUAGGCAGCACAACGACGGCAUUAGGAGUAACUACAGCUGUCCCCGAGGCCUCUGCCAUGGAAAAGAUCAGCCUUAAACUGAACAAACUCCAUCUAGAGUAUUCUCCUCAAAAAAAGAUCGAGCUGCUACUCAAGGCCUGCAAGAUCAUCUAUGACUCUAUGUCUGUCAGCUGCCCAGGGCGGGCUCAUGGUGCUGAUGACUUCCUGCCUGUAAUGAUGUAUGUCCUGGCUAGAUCCAAUCUGUCUGAUUUGCAGCUCGAUGUUGAAUAUAUGAUGGAGUUGAUGGACCCAUCAUUAACACUAGGAGAAGGUUCCUAUUAUCUGACCACCACCUAUGGAGCGCUGGAGCACAUAAAGACAUUUGACCAGCAGAGGUCAGCAACACGGCAGCUCAGCAGAGAAGUUCAGGACUCCAUCCACCGCUGGGAAAGACGACGCACGCUCAACCAGGAACGCAUGUCUCAAGGAUCAGUUCAGGACUUCUUGACAGUGUGUUGUCCUGAGAUUGGAAGCAACCCAAAAACUCUGGGCGUCCUCCCCACAACAACGAUCCAACAGCUUACCGAGCAGUGUGCCACACGCUUUGAACAAGACUCCUACAUUCUCAGUGUGUAUAUGAAUGACGUCCACCAGCCCCUGGCCCCUACAGAUAUUGCCCUCAGUGUUAAGAACAGCUGCCAACCAGGAGCCUACUGCUUCGUCUACCACCCUAUCGGCCAGCCCAACAGCCAACCCCAGCGCAGCUGUCCCACUGACCCACCCCCAGCUCUGCCCCCAGUCCCGCCCCCAGUUCCACCCCCAGCACCACCCUCAGUUCUACCCCCAGUCCUCCCCCCAGCUCCCCCUGCAGAAAGCUUCCUCCCAGCUGACAUAGCAACCGUCAGUGCUGCGCAGCCAGAGGUGGAGGAGGAGAGUCUGAUUAGCUUGUAACUGGUGCAGCAGCACAGAGACAAGUGCUGUAUCGCUAUGGUAACUACACCGCUGUGGCUGACAGUGUUAUUGUGGGUGACUGCAUCGACACAAGGAAGCGGGGAGCAAAAUUUAAACAUGUGUCUUGAUGUCAGGUCUCCCAUAUCUAAUUGAAGACCAAACAAACAAAGCCCAGCUGUUGUGGAUUAGUGCAGGCAGGGUAACACAAAAUAUAGUUAGUGAUGAAACAGGUGUAGGACCACUUAUUUCAAUUAAUUUAAUGUGAGUUCAGUGUCUGACUGGUCUGAUGCUACGUUCUACGAGCAUCAACAAAGAGAGCAGUGACAAAAUGAAAUGAAAGAGGUGAAAGACUGAUUUUGUAUCCCAGCACGGGGUCUGGAACUCCAGGGACUGCAGGAGGAUGUGGUUUCCUAGAAUGUAAAAAUACAUGUAAUGGUGCACAUGCUAUAGUGUAUGAUCAUGUUUAUUCUGUCUAUACUCUACGAUACUGGGUGUUAAUCUCUCUGAUGUUCUAACGUUCUACUUCAAGCAGUAGUGGGCUGGUUCUGAGUUCAGUCCACCACAGUUCAGUAGAUGAGUAUUGUUCUAAAACACCUUAACGGGGAAACAGCUUUUGAGUUUUUAUACAUAAAGCAUAGAUAGCAGUGAUGUGGUCCAAAAAGUCAACAAGUAUCAACAAGUUAUCAACUCUUAUACUGAUUGUGUUGUAAAUAAACCAGCUUUUUUAACUUG